AUGGAUAACGCUAAAGCCGCCCCCGUCAAGCUCGCCAAGGUCGUCAAGGUUCUCGGCCGAACCGGAUCUCGAGGAGGAGUGACUCAGGUCCGAGUCGAGUUCAUCGACGACGAGUCCCGAUCUAUUGUCCGAAACGUCAAGGGCCCCGUCCGAGAGAACGACAUUCUCUGUCUCAUGGAGUCCGAGCGUGAGGCUCGACGACUCCGAUAA